AUCAGGAAUUUUGUAAUCUUGUUCCUCUAAAGAUUGAAAUAUUUUGCUUUUCAUUGCUGAAUUGAACAAAUAUAAAAUCGUAAUUAUGCUCUUUUAACAUCGGUUUUAGAAAAAAAUAAAAUAAAAUAACUGAAUCCCAGGCAUUAGAAAGCCUGGAUCUGUUUACAACCAAAGUACUACCAAAGGAUUACAUAUAUACCAUACAUACCAUCUUCAGUUCUAGCAACCAAGCAAAAAGAGAAAUCCAAUAUGAGGGCAUGUCGAAUCGAAAGCCAAACCAUCUGGUGAUGCUUGGUCGAUGGUUGGGCAGAUGCACAAUAUCCAUUUUCCCUUCCACCAUGCCUCGGGAAUCAUGUGAAAUGACCAACCUAGAUAGAGACAAAGCCAUACUUCCAAGCAUUUGGUGCAGAAUCAUUCACUACGUGCAUCAGAAGUCUGAAAAUGAUUCUGCAACACUAGGAUCUGUUCAAUUUUCUCCUUUUAUUAUGAUGCUGAUGCUGAUGCUGCUGCUUCUUCUUCUUCUUCUUCUUCUUCUUUUUGUUGUCAUCAGGAGCAUGACAUUUCCCAAGUUUGCCGUGAUCUCCACCUUCGCCAUCCAUAUCUUCACACUGCUUGCUGACAUAGUUUCCCGAUACGAGCUGAUGGGCCAAUAUUGCUAGAUGAGGUCCCGAAACAGACUUGGGUGGAAUGGG